GAGAGAGAGAGAGAGAGAGAGGCACUAGUACUCAGAAAAACAGCAAGAAAGAAGGUCCAUUUGGAUUUUACUCUGAUCAUUUUCCAGUUCCUGAAGCUGUAACAAUGGCGGGAGUCAUCGGAAUCCUCAAGCUCGAAGCUUGGAGCAUAUUGUAGAAGAAGAAAUAAAAUAAACUCUUUUUGCUUCUUCUCACCUCUUUUUCUUUUUCGGGUUUCAUUUUUUUCACUCCUGUUUUCUGCUGACCGAGAAAUGGGAUGCCGGAGCAUGAUCGCCGGAAACUUGGAUACCGAGCGGAAACGGAGUGGCGGACUGAGAACAAAACAGGCCGGUCGAGGAUCUUGCCGUGGAAGUUAGUUUAUUCAUCCCUUUCAUUCCAUGAAAAGUUCCUUAAUAAGAAUUUUGAUUUUUCGCUGUUGCUGCUGAAACUAUUUCCUUGUCCGAGCUAACUUCUGGGCUUCUAGAGCGUCACCGGAGAAACAGAGUCGGAGGAGAGAGAGAGAGAGAGAGAGGCAGAGGGAUAGGGAAGACAUGGGGGUUUUGCUGAGAGAAGCGUUGAGGACGAUGUGUGUGAGCAACCGGUGGUCUUAUGCUGUUUUCUGGAAGAUCGGCUGUCAAAAUUCUAGCCUACUGAUUUGGGAAGAAUGUUACUACGAGGUGACACCGAGCUUAUUUUGCGAGAAAGUUCCUCUGUUGACUGACCAAAUGAUGCUGAAUAAUCGGAUUAUUCUCGUAGGUGAAGGAUUAGUUGGUCGAGCUGCGUUUACAGGACACCAUCAAUGGAUUCUAGCAAACAGUUUCAACCGGAACAUUCAUCCUCCCGAGGUUAUAAAUGAGAUGCUUCUCCAAUUCUCUGCAGGCAUUCAGACGGUUGCAGUUGUUCCCGUCAUUCCUCAUGGUGUUGUCCAGUUCGGUUCUUCUCUUCCUAUAAUGGAGAAUUCGGGCUUCGUGAACGAGGUGAAGGGUCUAAUCCUGCAACUUGAAUGUGUUCCGGGAGAUCUUCUGUCUGAAAAUUACGGGGCACGAGAAUCAGCAGAUGUGAUUGGAGUGCCUGUGUCGCAGAUAAUACACUCGCAAGCUCACAAGAUCGUCAACCCUGUGGAUUUGGUAACUGAGCCAAAUCUUCAAAGAGAUAUUCAGGUCGAAGGUUGGGGUAAUCUUGGAGGGGCACCCGAAGAAUGGCGGAAAUCGGCUAAAGUAGUGUCUGCAAACCCUGAUGUGUGGCUGAACGAAACGUUUUCUUCUACCUUCAACUCUGAACGAUACUCAGGCUUUCCCAAAAAUGACACUGACACGGGAAACGAAUGCUCGGUUACUGAAACAUGUAGUGAUAUCUGUUCCAAGUUCUCGGCGGGAAGUGACUUGUUUGAUAUUUUGGGUUUGGAUCGAUCGAACAAAGCAUGUGAAGAUGGUUGGAGCUUUCCGAUAGACACGAAAACAGAAUUCCUUACACGGGAAAUGUCAGAUGUAAUGAACAUUCAAGAAAUGGGUUCUGGGAUUUACUCAGGACAUGAGGUUUCGAGAACGGAUCAUCUCUUAGACGCCGUGAUCUCGGGGACUUGCUCGUUUUCCAAGCAGAUUGGUGAUGACGAUACGUCUGAAUCGUGCAGAACCACAUUGACCAAAGUCAGUAACUCUUCUGUUAACACUGCAUCCAACAACUGCUUUCAACCUGGGGUUUUCGAGAUCCCUAAGGCAGAAAAGAAACAAGGGCCAUCAACUUGUUUGUUAACUGAAUUCGAUAAGGGUCAUAACCUCGGAGGUUGUUCUCAGACAGCAUUCAUUUAUGGGUCUCAGAUCAGUUCGUGGUUAGGACAAGCACACAGCCUGAAGCAUGAGGGCAGUGUAUCCACAGGAUGUUCCAGGACGUGUAUGAACGGAACCGUCAAACCAGCGAGCCGUAAAAGGGUUAAAACGGGAGAAAACCCGAGACCUAGACCUAAGGAUCGGCAGAUGAUUCAAGACCGUGUCAAGGAGUUGCGUGAAAUCAUACCCAACGGGGCCAAAUGCAGCAUAGAUGCGCUUUUGGAACGUACGAUCAAGCACAUGCUUUUCUUGCAAAAUGUUGCGAAGCACGCCGAUAAAUUGAAACAAUCCGGGGAGUCGAAGAUCAUGGAGGAAGGAGGGGCAACAUGGGCAUUCGAAGUCGGGUCACAGCCCUUGGUCUGCCCGAUUACCGUCGAAGAUCUUAGCACGCCUCGCUGUUUCAAAGUCGAGAUGUUGUGUGAACAACGAGGUUUCUUCCUCGAAAUAGCGGAUUGGAUCAGAAGCUUAGGGUUAACCAUCUUGAAGGGUUUCAUGGAAACUCGGAAGGACAAGAUCUGGGCACGCUUUGUAGUCGAUGCGAACCGGGAUGUGACGAGGAUGGAGAUAUUCAUGCAACUGGUGAAUAUCUUCGAGCAGACGGUGAAAUGCAUCGGACCGACGAGCAACAUGCUGGACGGUGUAAAUGCCACAAUGCCCAUGAACUACUGUCACCCUCACACUGCCACAACCGGACCGGUUAACGGUGGAUGUUGAGUUAGGGAAUACCGGACCGAACCGGACUAAACCGGAACUUGUUAAGUUUUGUUUGUCUGGUCUUGAAAAAAAGUUACGAGCGAGCUGUUGCUAGGUUUGGCUUUGCAAUGAGUAACGAAGUUCCUGUUUUGAAUACGAAGAGAUCCAUGGACACCUUUAGAGAUUUUGUUUGUACAUUUUAAAAAAAAAAAAAAUGGGUUUUCGAUGUUUUAGGGUUAUAAUUUCGUCUCUUGUAUUAUAUUUUCUUGAGUUUUUUUUUUUAUAAUAUACUUUAAUUUUGGGAAUU